CUCGUACUUCGAUGACGUCACGGUCAAACAUGGCGGACUGAGCGAAUGGGCGGAAAAAACAAACAACACAACUAAAGAGUUUGCUGAAAAACAAGAAUAAAACAGCGAAUACAACGUGUCAGCGGAGGAGCUUGUGACAGUCGGUUAACACGGAGAUGCGGAGCGGCGGUCGAUCCGUCGCUUCCGGUUCAGUGACCGAUGUCGGAGCCGAAGACGCGUGUUGCUGCUCCGGAGUUCACUGAGCUGUGGAGGAGCGUCUCCACACUGAGCCACAACAACACAACACGAGACGGGACCGCUGGGCAGCACGUGGCUGGCUCAUCGGCGUCGACCAUGUUUAAAGAUUUGCGGAGUCCUAAACACAGAGGCUGCAGCAGGUACGCCGGCUUCAACAACGGGGACUCUCCAGGUGACGUGGAACCGUCACAAGACAUCGUCUGGGAUCCCACGUCGCCCACCUCAGCCGGUGCAGGGCUCAGGAACACCAGAGUUGUGGCAAUAUCAGAUAUCGUCAACCGUAUUGCUCCAAAGGAUGUGAAGAGGAAGGGGGCGGAGUCUUCUCUGCUGCAGUGGAUAGGCGACAGUGCCGUCCCGUGCACGCCGGACAUCCCGAAGCCGAGAUUUAAGAAGAAGUCCUCUCGGCAGAGCAGCGUGGAUCUCUUAAAACUGGCCAGGCAGUUUGACGAGAACAUGCAGCAAGACCGGGAGACCUCGGAGCAGCUCAACGCCGUCAGCGAUAACCUCAAAGACUGCGCGAACACUCCCGAAACUAAACCGACAGAUGCGUGCUUCCCUAGCAACGUGGAGGACCUGAAGUGUCCCUCCCCGUCCGAUCCGGUGGAGGCGGAGCUUAACGCUCUGUUCGACUGCUCCACUCAGAGAGUCAGCGGCCAGCUCAGCCAGAGCUCCUCGGCGUCGGCCCGGUCGCAGGAGAUAAAACGCCAACUUGUGACCCCGACCUCGGCUGAACAACGACAGCCAGAGCUCAAGUCGGCCGACGAGUCCGGCCCCGCCGAAGGAACAGGAUCUUGUGGUUUUAACGCGAACCACUGCGACGACUUCGACGACGACUGGGAGAACGACGACCUCCUCAACGACUCUCUUGUGCUGGCGAUGACCCACGAUCCUGACCAGCAACACGACGCCCUCCCUAAAAGCACCUCGCACUGGGACACUAAGACAAACACCGCUCAGUUCACCUCCGUUCGUCAGCCCUCUGCACAUCAGCCUCCGAGCUCGCACUCAAAGCCGAGCUGCAGCACUCUCCAGGAACUGUGUCCCAAGCCAAAGACUUCCAACAGAAGCACUUUCAUGUUGGAGCCCAACCCUCACUUCCAGACCGCGGCGGUUUCCAGGCCCGGCGUCGCUGCUCCACAACCUAAAUCAAAGACGUCCGACCAGACAUCUGCCACCACAAAGACUCCGUCCAUCCCGAUUCCCGACAAGAUCGCUAAGUGUGUAGCUGCGGACAUUUCAGACAGCUUGUGGGACGACGGGGUCGACGACGCGCUGCUGUACCAGGUGUGCGACCGCGUGGAGAGGCUCUCCAACAGUCAGCCACAGCGACAGAGCCCAAGCAGCUGCCGAGAAAAGCAAGACGGACCGCAAAAAAACCCGGCACCUCCGCCGAUCCACACGCCCCGGUUGGUGAACGGCGGCGCUAACAGACAGUCUCCGUGCUCUUUUGUUCGCUCUAACUCGUUACCGGGGAGCGGCAGCGGUGAAAGUGGGAACUACCAAGGAUGGAACGUCCCCAUGAAGGGAGCCAACAACAAACCGGGGAUGUCCCAGAGCUUCCCAGGGAGCCGCGUGGGUCUGGGCUCCUUCAACCAGCGCCGGGAGGACACGAAGCCACAAGCAGUGAACUCAAAGUCCCAUCAACCAGCCUUCAAGAGAAACGUGUCCGACUCAGCAGCUCCAAGCAGCAAAGUUUUUGUCACGAGCCAGAUGCCGUUAAAAUGCACCGCGGCCGAGAUCGGGAGGAAGAAGCAGGAGGCUUUGGCCCGGAGGAGGCUGCGAAUGCAGAACAACCCGAAACCGUAGAGGAGCCUCGCCCCGACUGAAAUACACCUUUAAAAACCUCUUCCUCUUCUUCUUCCUCCUCCUCCUCCUCCUCCUCCUCCUCCUCCUCCUCCUCCUCCUCUUCUUCCUCCUCCUCAGGUUACCGAUCACUGUGGUCAGUAGUUCAGUGCUACAGAAGUCUGUGGGAGGAGCUGCAACACGUUUUAUGUUUGAGUAUCAGAUCUGGUGCUGGACAAUGUUAAGAGAGAUUUAGUUUAGUUUUUAGUAUCCACCGAGUUUGAAAUUAUUCUCAAUGCUGAACAACAUUUUUCUGUUUUUCAGCAUCAUUUCAUCUCUGCACAUUUUGGAUAAAAUAUAUAUGUUUGUUUAAGAAGUAUUAAAUAGUUCCAUCUGUGUUCCUGCUGUAUGUUUGUGACAAAACGGAUUAUGUGCAACUUCUACAUGCUUCCAGUUUUGCACAGGUCAGAAUUAAGUGUCCCGCUCUAAAGACAUGUUAUGACUCACAAUUUAUUUCUAUAUUCACGUUAUGCAGCUGAGGAGGACGGCCUCGCUACAAGUCCUAGAAGUUCAGAUCAGCUGUGUCAUGAGGGUAAACCUGAGGUCUACGUCUGAGUAUCUCUGAACGGAUGUGACUCCAUUCCCUGUUACUGCCCAUGAUGGACUAUAAACGUCUCCUAAUUCAUCUGUCAGGAUGUAACCCAAAACAGAAGGAAUGAACGUCUGAGACUGAAUAAACUGCUACAAACGUA